UCACUUUGGAACCUCCAAAGUUCAGGUUGCUGAAUGUGGUACUGGAGAGUUGAAUGAUGAGAGGAGAAUAGAAAUGACAGUUUCUGAGUUCAUUAACUCUGCUCAGUUCAGCAAAUCUACUGAUUGUGAUAAAUCCUUGCUGUAUUUAAAGGAUUGGCAUUUCGUAAAGGAGUUUCCAGAGUACGUUGCCUAUAAAACCCCAUUACAUUUUUGUGAUGACUGGCUGAAUCUGUAUCUUGACAAAUACCGCAUGCAUACCGAUCCUGAUACUUACAAUCAGGGAAAUGAAAUUAGUUGCUCAGACUAUCGUUUCGUAUACAUUGGACCCAAAGGCACAUGGACGCCUCUUCAUGCUGAUGUUUUCAGAUCAUAUAGUUGGUCAGCAAAUGUGUGUGGUAGAAAACAGUGGUACUUGUUACAUCCAGAUCAACAUCAUCUGAUAUAUGACAGGAACAUGAGAGUUUGUGUUUAUAAUAUCUUUUCAGAUGCUAAUGAAGCCAAGUUUCCUGGAUUUAAAAAGGCUGUUUGGUGGGAAUGCACUCAGGAGCAGAAUGAAAUAAUCUUUGUGCCUAGCGGAUGGUAUCAUCAAGUUCAGAAUUUGGAGGAUACUAUAUCCAUAAAUCACAACUGGUUCAACGCAUAUAAUCUACCUUGGGUGUGGGAUUUGCUUCUGAGAGACUACCAUGAGGCUCAGGAAUACAUUGAAGACCUUAAGGGAUGUGAUGAAUUCGAGGAGCUCUGUCAGCGCAACCUCGCUGCAAAUACAGGCAUGAAUAUCAUCGAUUUCUUUGUCUUCAUGGUGCGCUUAGCCUUUUCCAACAUGGUACAACUUUACAAUGUCACCACUGGAGCGAUGGCAAGGCAUUUUGUUUUCAACCUCGAAUGUAUACGAAGCAUUGCCUUGAAAAUGAAAUCCAUAGAUAUGGAUGUAAAGAAUGGAAAUUUAAUUGUUGAUAGAAGGAAGGACUUUGAGGAUCACUUGCUUGAAGAACUAUGCGCUUCUCUAGGAAAAACAUAUGGUUCCAUACAUGGGCACUCACACUCUCAAGCGGAAGAUCACACAUACAAAUUCUUAUUUAAAAAUUUAGAUUCAGAAUUUCAUAUCCUGUGUUGCCGUGUAUGUGAUUCUGAAGAUUUAGUCGCCCUUAUAAAUGACAAGUUGAUUAAAUUAGGUGGGUCUUUUGUUGCUUAGAGUUUGGUUUACAGGAUAUUUUUACUUCUAUAGUAAUUUACUAACAUGGUGUAAUUGCAGAUUUACUGGAUUGCACAACUAGCUGUUUCAGUUCCAUCACUUUGGAAAUAAGACUAAUGGGAUUUAACAACAUUAUUUCUAUAUUGAACCUGAUUUUAGAAUGAAGAUUACGGAGAGUGAAAAAGAAAGAUGGGGGCUAGGGUUUCCCCAAAGUACAGGCAAAGCGCCGUUCGCUUCCUUCCUCCAACAGCCGCUAGCAUCGCAUGCCAUCUUCUCCAUCGCAGGCCAUCACCUUCUCCACGUCGCUGCCAUUUUCACGUCGUCGUCUCCACGCUGCACAGACAUCGCAUGUAUUUCACUCUUCUUUUUUCUUCUCUCUUCUUCUUCUUCGAUGGUGACAACCUAUCAAUUGCGGCGGCCUAGCGAUGGUGGAGAUUUGAUGUUGGGGAGCGGGGAUUAUGAAGGCAAGUGAUGAGCGUUCGCGUCUUCGAUUAAGUACUGAUAUAAUCAAUUUCUGGCAACAAUAGGCAUCGUUGGCGCUAGCGCUCGCGUCUUGUAGUCAGACACGAUUUCGUCUCGUCGCCUGCCGCUGCCAUUGUAGGGGUAUAUCAGAGGUAUGCGAGGGUUGUGACGGGCUGGAUCUGCUCUGAACAGGUGGGAAGCUGGAGAGGGAUGCGAUGAGG